AUGGAAGGCAUCACCGUACGCAUCCAGUGCAAUGUAUCCACCACCAACUUACCCAACGGUGCGGCUCCGAUUCGCUACGAGUGGAAGGAUCCCAACGGUACUGUGAUCGGUACGCAAUGGGAGUUGCGGCUUGCGCGUAUUCAACUUUCCGAGUCCGGCCUCUACGUGUGCGGAGUCUCCUCGAUGGUCGGCGACGAGCGGAUCUCCGCAAGCAUGGGCACCAUCAUCAACGUCACUCCGUAUUUUCUCGCCCCGCCUGGACAGGGAUUUUGGUAUUGCCCGGGUCUCAUCUGCCUCCAGAACAAAAUUCGAGCCCGGCUCAUCUUCAACCUUGCCUCUAUGCCACGCAGUCGUGAGUGGGUGCCACCGUAUCACUGGGACCGAUGCGGCCUUCAAGGAUAG